GCGUAUGGUAUGACUCCGAAUGCAGGUUUUUACGAUUAUCCCGCAAUCGAUGAUAAUUUCGAUUAUAAUAACAAUAACAAUAAUAAUAAUAAUAAUGAUAAUUGGAAUGACGCACCAGCGCUUGUAGAUUAUUAUGGAGCACCCGUAAAUAUGGAACCUUUACCUAAAUAUAAUUUAGCCUUAAAAGAAAAAGAGAAUCGUCAUCGUGACUAUAACGAUAACAUGCGAGCUCGUUACGGGAAGAAACGUUUGAUGGUCAACAAAAAGAAACGUUCACUAACUAAACCAUCUGCACUCUACAAAGCAAGAUAUUAAAUGCAAAAAAAGGAGAGAAAAAAAAAAUUCAAUUUUUAAAGAGAGAAAUUAUAAUCGAUGUCAACUUUUUAUGUGCAAUUAAUUUACAUAUACACAAGCAUAUUAAGCAUUUAAAAUGCUUUACAACUACAAACAUAAUCAA